AUGGCCGAGCUAGAGGACGUGCAGCCAUCUUCGCCGCCCCCACCUCCUCCUUCCUCUCCCUCGUCUGCAGACGCCUCUUCACCUUCCCCUGGCGUUCCAUCGAGUCUGGGUUGGCAGGUUCCGAGGAGGAGCAGCGGCCUAAUAGUGGACCCGUUGGAGGAAGUGGAGUUGCAGAUCGGAGACGCAGCAUUUUCCUUAGCUCAACUUCUUGAAGCCACUUCUGCAGUGUCAGCUCAAGUGGAAGAGCUUGCCCUCAAAUGUACAGAAAAUGCACGCUUCCUUAAAACUUGGCGGGACCUAUUGAAAGAAGGUUACGAUUCUUUAAAACCUGACAACUGA